AUGGUAUUCUGUAACUUCGUUAAACUGGUAAAGUACAGUGAGAAAAUACAAUUUUUUCAGAGUUCUUACCCUUAUUUAAAGAAUCACAAUGCUUUAACUCAGUUCUACCAAUUCUAUAAUUCUAAAUGGUUCAAUGACGAUCCGCAUCCUUCAACUACACCAAGGAACUUUUUAGGUAUAGAUGCUGGCCAUUAUGGGUUAUACUACACUAUAUUUAAUCAUGACAGUGAUAAAAACAAAAGAAAACAACAUACGACUAGUCUAAAAUAUGACUAUGACCAGCUUACGGACGGCAAUUCGCAACAUAGGCUAUUUGAUAAUUUCACCAGUUUCAUAAUACUGCAAGCAAAUCAGGAUAUAUACAAUAACAUUAACUACUUGAAGACAAUAUCAAGAGAUUUUUUGUCUACCCUGUCGAUAGUAAAGCCGAAAUUUUCUGUUAAUACAACCAGAAGAUUUUCAACCGUCGCAAUAAGAAAUCAUCACCAGCAUCACCAACAUCAAACAAAUACAGCAGAGUAUGAAGAACUACUUGAAGAUAAGGAAGAAGACUUUGAAUCGAACUUGUUGCACACGCAAUGUUCUAACAUCGAGGCCAUAUAUGCUAGACAAGACCCCAUGGAAUUAAAUUUGAUAUACCCAUUAUACCAAACAUUGAAGAGGAAUUCUUUACAACUUCCAUCAAUUUAUUUAUUCAAUAUUGUAUUGAAAUCCAUAAUAGAAAGAAACUUAGAUAACGACGUCAAAACGCUUGAAAGCAUCGAAUCUCGUUUAACCAAUUUAUUGACGGUGUAUCAGGAUAUACUAAUGGGCUCAAAUGAACAAGUAAAACCAAAUUUAGAGACCUACGGGAUUGUACUUAAUGAAUUAUUAAGAGGAAGCUUACAAACAAUAAAGUUAGGUAAUAUGUUAGACUGCCCACAAUCAGUAUACAAUGAAUCGUUCAUUAAGAGUCAGGAAUUUUCUCAAAUAGGAAUCGAUUUAUUUUUAUCUAUUAGUAAAAUAGAAUCCUUGGAUUUAUCAAUGAUCUUACCACAAUUAUUUUCCAUAUUAAAUGUUCAUCCAAACUUGAUUUCGAAAGAAUUAUUUAUUAAGAUUUUGAAUUUAAAUGAAAACGUCAAUUCUGAAUCAGGAAUCUACUAUAUUAGUCUCAUUGGAUUAUCUAGAUAUUUUAGUAAAUUACAAUUUUUCGAACUGAAAGAAGAGUUUUAUAAUUUCAUUUUUACAAUUUAUCAAAAUUACAAGGAUAAUUCACAAACGUUUGACAAGUUGAGGUUAUUUGAGUACGAUGUUUAUUCUAUCUUAAUACUGACAUUAGUCAAGUCCGACAAUUUUCCAUUAGCGACCAAGUUUUUAGACGAUAUUUUGGUUGAUUAUAAGAGUUCUUUACAAUCUUUUAAAGCUCCAUCUAUUUCAAAGAAGCAUAUUUCAAAUCUUUUGUCUGUCUACGUGGAAUCAAUCAUGAAUCAAGAUUAUAGCCGUGAAAAUUUGAAUAAAUCUUACAAUUUAUUAAUGAAGUUUAACCAACUUUCUUAUAUUCCUGAAUUAUCGGUGUCUUUAUAUAACAACAUGAUAAAUCAAUUUGUUAAUCAGUAUCACAUUCUUGAAAAUGAGAAAUAUGAAUUGGCUAAGAUAUCACCUGAAAGAAUCGAAGAACUCUCUAAGCUACAGGCUGGCUACUAUAGAAUUAUGUGGAAGUUGUAUAGCUAUCUUGCUAUUAGGAAGGAUUAUCAUAUGCCACUGGAUCCGGAUACGGUAUCUUUAAUAUUGCACAACAGAAUGUUUAAUUGCCGUGAAUAUUUGUUAUCAUUGAGUAUUGAUUUAGGUGACCACGAAAAAGUUUUUCAAAUAAUUAAGGAAAUUUUGUUAAAGAAUCAUUUGAUCCAAGACUUGAAUGUCCUUCAAAAGCUCAACAACUACUUAUAUAUUGGAUCGACUAAUAACGGAUUUAACGCAUAUUACUUUGAAUUGAUGACAAACAUGAUUGAGAAUCAAUCAAAGCACUAUGAGAGUAAUUCAAAAUUAUUAAACAAUUAUGUUUCUGAAAUGACUAAUUAUUUAUUGUUGCAAAAUAAUGAAUACAAUAUGAAAGUGUUACUCAAUUCAGCAUUGAUUAAUAAGGCAUUUACUGAUUUUAGUUUGCAAACUGAUAAUAUUUACGGAGUCUCACAAAUUUCUAAAUUUUUGAUUCAGUAUAUUAAUUUGGGAAUUGAUCAUAUUGAUAAAUCUGCCAUAUUUAAAAUUUUACACUUUCAAUCGUUAUUGAUUAAUGAAUUCGAAAAUACUGAAAACCAUUAUAUUCAGUUAGAUUCGGAUAUGAUUGAAUUCAAAAAUUUGUUGAAAUCAAACUUUAUCAGUACUAUGAGCUAUUAUAUGACGAUUCCAAAGUUUAGGGUAAACGACGACAUCGUUAAUGCUUGUAUAUGCUAUGAUAUUGAACUUCCCUCUUCAGAAAUGUCCAAGGAUCAUCAUCAAGACUUUAAUUAUGAUUUAAAUUUAGCAUUUUUGUUGAGUAUCAAUUAUAAUGUUGGGAUAGAAAGGUUUAUUGACUUGUUCAACAAAGGUUACAGAUUUACAUAUUCUACGUGGAAUAUUGUUAUUAACCAAAACUUUGUCUUGAACACUUUAGAAAAGAACACGCGAAUUGAAAUUAGCAGCUUUGUGAAGAGUAUAUUGCAACUGAAUUUUGAAAUUAACGAAAAAAAUAAUUUACUUCUAGCAUUGAUAAAUAUAAAGAACGAGAAGGUUAAUAUUCACUUGUUAAAAUCUUUAUUUGAGUCUCCUUCGAUGAUUAAUAAUAAUUUGUUGAAAGCAUUUAUGCAAGCCAUCUAUGAAUCUCCAAAUCAGUAUUUGAGUAAUCUUGUCAACGAAAAUUUCGAAUAUAUGGUUGAGCACUCAGAUAAAAGUGAAUGGAUUAAUGAAUAUUUCCAAUACUUAAACAAAAACAAAAAUUACAGACAGAUUAAUAAGAUUUUUGAAGCAGGUUAUCCAAUUCAUGACUUGGACUUAAAUUCUCCUGUAGAUAUUGAGAUAUUACAAUCCUUUUUUGAAACAUUUAUUGCAUUGAAAAAAUCAAAUGAUUUUAAUAAGUUGUUCAAAAAUUAUUUUAAUACUCCUGAAUCUAACAAAAUAUUGAUGAGUAACGUGAAUUUAGUGAACGUUCUCAUUAAGUAUUAUACAUUGAAUGGUUCUUUUAAUUUGAUAUUGCAGAAGUUUAAACCAAUUGCUAACCAAUCUGAGGAUACCAGAAAUUUGAUUGAUUUUGUUGAAUUCAUGCAAAGUUUGAAUGGACAGUUAAAACCGAUUGAAAUAAAAUCAUUUAAUGAUAUUAAUGAAAUGGCAAUCAACUUGUUAAAAGCUAACGAUCUUCAGGCCAUGAAUGACUUAUUUCAAAAAAACAAUAGGUUUAAUAAAAAUUCAUUGUUUACCUCAAUGAUGAACACUUAUAUUAAAGCCGCUAGUAUUAACGACUCGUUAGGCACAUCUCAGCUAUCAUUACUUAACAAUUUUCAAAAAUCAUUGAAGUUUAUGAAAUUGAUACGCUUUACUAAUGUAUCCAUUGAAAACUUAAAUCUUAUUAUCAAAUAUUUAGCAGUUACUAGAUCGGUUGACAAGUUAAGCAUUUUGACAAAUAAGAUAAUCAGGGGAAAUAAAAUAGCAGAUUUAGUGAACUUUUAUUUCUUGGAAUUUUUAUUUACCAACCCCAAUGAUAAAUUAAUGGUAUUGCAAUCUCUUAAAGAUGCUUUCACUUUUUUAGGUGACCCAAUUAAUACUUACGUAGUAAAUCAGUUUUGUCAAGAACAGAAGAUUGAUUUGCAUGAUAAUGACUUUAGAAAGGUACUAAAUGAUUCAGUAUUAUAA